UUAGAAAGCCAUUUUAACUUAGAAUAGGAUUUACGAAUUUUAUCGAUUGCUGCGUCUACUGUUGGUUUAAACGACAUUUUAUCUGAGGCGAGAAUAAUUGUAUCUUUUAGUCCAAGCAUUGAUCUACUCCUCUGCAGAAGAAAAGUAUGACAGAGAUCGCCGUUUUCUAUUUGAUUUGAUUAAUUUGGGAGUGACUGCAGCUAUGACAGGUUUAGCUGGACGAAAUGCUUUGAAGAUUGCUCAAAUUGAAGCUAGAAUGGAUUAUUUUGUAUUGGUAUUGGGAGAAUGUCAAAAACAGGUUCAAGUCACCUCGGCUACUGCUGCGUUCUUAGAAAAUGGAAUGAUGAAAUUGACAGAAGAACUGAAUGGUACACAAGGACUAUUGAAUGAUACAAUACAUGUUCUCGAAGAUACGAGAUUAAACGUGCGGCAUAUUAACGCAUCAGUUGAUAAAUUGAGUAUUGAAUUUGGAGAUUUUAAACAAGAUGCAACAGAGACCCUUUUAUAUCUUUCUGUUAAUGAAAUAUUGAAUAACAAACUAAAUUUGUUAUUUAUUCGUCAGCAAGAAAUCUCGAAAGUAGUGCAACAGAUCUUUCGAGAGUCAAACAUAUCGUACAACUCUCUUUUUGAGGAACAAUCAAGUCUUCAAGCUAUAACAGAAUUACUUUAUCUCCAACACAUUACAUUUGUCUCAACGAACAUGUAUAAUGCUGUUAAUAAAGAAGUUGGCCGACUAAUAUUCACCACUGUCGUUGCUUUACCAAAUAUUGAGAACGACAAGUUUUCCCGUGUUCCAGCUGCCAUGCAUGCUUACCAUCAUUAUCAUUAUAUACGAAUGAUUAACAUGCCAUUAUACAUUGUACAAAAUUCACAAAAUAAUGAUACUAUCGAAUGGUAUGCUCCUGAUGUACCUUACUGUAAAUUUGGAUCAUAUACGAAAUGUAAAGAUACACCGGCAUUUGGUAAAUAUUUUACAAAUGGAUGUUUACGUCAAUUGUUAGCUGGUGAUUCUCAAUUAAAAACUGGUACUUAUGAACAUGUUAACGAUGCUGAUCAUUUUACAUUACAACUGAGCAGUAGUUUUUGGGUGGUCUUAUCGAACAGAACAUUAGAUUGCACUCUCGGUCGGUACCUCAAACAGUAG